AUGACCGCAACAACCCAAAUCAACCACGAGCUCUUUGAGCUUCACGAGAGAAAGGGCCCAGAUGACAGCCCGCAAUUAGAUCACUCUUCUCCUACGUCCAAUGUGCAAAGAACUAGCAUUGGGAAGCGACCAGAAUGCUUCAAAAGUACAUUCCAGGAGAUUUGUUUUAUCUUCAUGGCCACUCUAGCUAUGGCGACAAAUAGUCUUGUGACUGGAGCCAUGAUUAUCGUGACUGCAUCAAUUGGAAGAGAUUUACACAUGACACAGGCCCAAAUCACUUGGAUCAGUGCUGCUACCACUCUUUCUGCGGGAGCUCUCCAACUUCCCUUGGGCCAACUUACAGAUCUUCUCGGUCGCAAGAGCUUUUUCAUAGCUGGUAUGGUCGGCUUCAGCAUUAGCAGUCUUAUACUCGGCUUCGCUCGGAACCCGUUUUGGAUGAAUAUCUUAUGCGGGUUUCUUGGUCUUUUUUCAGCUGUCAUCGUCCCUCCUGCAAUUGGAAUACUUGGCGCUGCGUACUCUGAGCCGUCGAAGCGCAAAAAUUGGGCAUUUGCAUGUUUCAGCGCAGGAAAUCCCGUCGGAUUUGGGCUUGGAAGCAUUAUUAUGGGAAUAUCGGCCAGAAUCUUUGAUUGGCGCGCGGGCUUUUUCUUCUUCACGAUUCUCUGGGGAAUACUGGCUAUUGUGUCGAUUUGGGUCGUGCCUGACAUUGAGGCUUAUGAACCAGGGCCAUUUGGGACAAGGCUAGCGGCAGCUCUGACGAAGUUUGACUAUGUUGGAACGGCUCUUACGAUUGUCGGCGUUGGCUUGUUCACAACUGCUUUGACACUUGGCCCAGUGGAUGGUUGGAAAUCUGCUCAUGUCAUCGCAAUGCUAAUCGUUGGCUUCUUUCUUCUCGUGGGGUUUGUGGUAUGGGAAAAGAAUUGCCCACAUCCCCUGAUGCCUCUGCAUAUAUGGAAGGACAGAGGUUUUGCAUUAUUGAUGCCCGUUUCCAUCUUUGGAGUGAUGUCGAUGCUUUCCUCCAAUUUUUGGCUCGCGCUCUUCUUACAAGAGUUCCAUCACCGGCCGGCUUUGACUGUUGCUGUAGAUCUGCUACCGCAAGUAAUCUCUGCGCUUAUAUCUAAUGUCGUGGCAGCAAAUAUCCUUCACCGAGUCAAUAAUAGUUUCAUCAUGGCGUUUGGCGCCGCCAUGUACCUCGUCGCGAAUCUACUACUUGCUGUUCAAAGUCCUCGAGCAACAUAUUGGGCCUUUAUUUUUCCAUCUCUAUUGACAAACGUUAUGGGUCUCGAUUUGCAGUUCAAUGUGACCAACAUGUACGUCAUGCAGUCAUUGCCAUCUCACCAACAGUCGUUAGCUGGAGGCAUAUUUAACAUGUUCAUUCGACUGGGAACAACUAUCAUUUUUGGAAUGUCUACUGCGGUAUACAGUUCGGUGAAGAAUACGAUGGAUGGCCAGGAUGAUGCUUUCAAGCCUUACAAGAGUGCAUUCUACGUCUCGCUAGGGUUUGCUUCUUUAGCUUGUUUAUUCGUUCCCUUUCUACGUAUAGGGACACAGGGAAAUUCUCCCAAAGAGGAAUGA